AUGAGCAAUCGCAAGAGAUCGCGAUCCGUCGGGGAGGAGAAUCGCGCUGAGUGCCCGUUCACGAUUUCUUACGCGACUGGCCCUUCGGCCACUCAGGCGGAGCGUCAAAAAAGCAAGAAGCGGAAGCGCGAUGGCCAAGAUGACGAUAAACGGGUCCAGAUUCAAAUCUCCCCCUUCUCCCCAACGGGCAGCUUCAAAACGCACGAAAACAUGGACUUAUACUACACUGUCGAACCAGGAAAACGAUGGCAAGAUAUGACGCGCUACAAUAGCUUCGUCCUCAACAGUGUCAAGUAUUACAGUGAAGGCUUUGUCAAUGUUGCCAACGAGGUAACCAUUGAACAACAAAAAGCUCAAGGUGAUGGCAAGGGUAUUUACAAGAAGAGUAAUAACGACUGGGUCGCGCGCAUCCUCGAGAUCCGUGCUUCCGAUGAGCACCACGUCUAUGCACGCGUUUAUUGGAUGUACUGGCCCGAUGAACUGCCUUAUGGAACGGUGGACGGCAAGAAGACUGUCCAAGGCCGCCAGCCGUACCAUGGUAACAAUGAAUUGAUUGCUUCUAAUCAUAUGGAUAUUAUCAAUGUUGUUAGUGUUACCGGACCCGUUACCGUCAACCAAUGGAUCGAGUCCGAUGACGAGGAGAUUCAAGACGCGCUUUACUGGCGUCAAGCGUACGACUGCCGCAACUUCCAACUUUCGUCCGUUGAACUCAUGUGCAGAUGUCAAACUCCUGCGAACCCUGAUAAGACCUUGAUUGGGUGCACGAGCCCGAAUUGCGGGAAGUGGAUGCAUCACGAAUGCAUGGCUCACGACAUUCUCAUGCAAGUCUACGAACGGCUAGGAACAGACAAGCCCCAUCGAACCGAGGGAUCGACCGUCAAGGAAGAGAAGCCCGAGGAAGCGACGCGCCCUCUAUCGCCCACUGACGCUGAGGAGAAAGAGACACAACCUACGAUCGAUGUCCGCUCCGGCGAAACGAGCGAUAAUGUCCACGUCAAGAAGGCUGCUCGCGAAACACCUCGCGAAACAGAAACCCCUACACCUGGACCAACGCCAUCCCGAUCCAUCACCACCGCGUCAGCCAAAGGAUCGGCCAAGAAAGGUCGCAAGAAGAAGGCUGCAGACUCCAAGCCAUACCUGGGGCUUUUCGAGGCCACUCUCAAGAUGCAAGACGGCCCUACAGCGUGGGAGAUUCGUGACCUACGUGAAAACGUAACGGGUGGUGACAAGACCUGGACCGAGAAAGCUCACUGUCUGCUAUGUGGUUCCAGCAUUGACUGA